UUGAUCGGUUGAGGAGGAACCCUGUAUCGUGGGGAGUUUUUCCACGAAUGAAAGCGUGGACGAAGGAGGAUAUAAACCUUGCAAAGAAAGAAGAUAGGAAAGCAUCAGGUGAUUAUGGUGGCCUCGGUUGUGUGGAUGUUGCGUACGGGGAACGUCAUCCUCUUGAAGCGAGGGACAAGAUGCCUGAAUCUGAAUACAAUGAAGUGGAUCCCCAGAUAGUAUCAACACGUAAGAGAAAAGGGGCCUUGAAAGGGAGACGUAAGUUAAUUCCUAAAUUAAAUCCUUAUGAGUAUAAGUUGCGAAGGAAAAUGCAAAAUGAUGGAAAUGCAGGCAGUAGUAAUGGAAGGCAAAAGUAUGGAAAUGCAUAA